CAACUUAUACAAUACAUGCGUAAGAACUAAAGCUAAUAAUCAAGAGAAUAAAACUAGCUCACUAAUUAAAUAAAUAAUGAAGAUGGCCAGCAGCUCAUCAUUUUGCAAGUUCACCCCUAAAGAUUGGGUGAUAAAAAUGCAGAAAAUGCUGCAAGAUGAAGAUGUUGAUGAUACCCAAAUCUGUAUUCAUAAGGUUUCGAAAAUACUUCGAGCUGUAAAGCCAGAAGCUUACACCCCUCAGUUAAUAGGUCUUGGACCUUACCACCAUUGGCGCGAAGACCUCUAUGAGAUGCAGCAGUACAAAUUUAUUGCUUCAAAGAGGUCUCAAAAGGAUUGUUGCAACGACAAAGAAGCUGUCGAAAAGCUUAAUCAGCUUGUUGAUUCCCUCGUCAAGCACGACAUCGCUCAAAUUCGAGCAUGCUAUGACCGUUUCCUCGAUGAAGAUGAUCAAACACUUGCUUGGAUGAUGCUGGUUGAUAGCCUUUUCUUGCUACAAUUCCUUCAGGGAUUUAUGAUUCCAAAUAAAAGCUGCUUAUUGAAUUCGCCAAGAACUUCUUACUUGCUUGAUUCAUACCAGUCAGCCUACCAUUCAAUUCUCAGAGACAUUAUGAAGCUCGAAAACCAAAUUCCAAUCUUUCUCCUUGAGCUAAUCUUACCUUCCUGCGAAAUAGCUGAUGAAGAUCUAUUACCUACGAUGUUACUCGAAACUUGUAAAAGGCUCUCACCACUCAACUACAGCAAGGACAAUCUUAGUCGCGAUGUCAUAAAACAUGCACAUCUCUUGGAGCUUAUGUACUACUUGAUUGUACCUAUUCGAACUGUUCCUACUGAUUCCAGUAAUAAACCAGAGGAUCAUGCAGGGGUGUUAUCAGAUAUCGAAGAAGAACAAAGAAGAAAAUGUUUCCCUGUUGAUAAUAUUCCACAACCAAAUUUUGAAUUGGCAAAGAUACUUGACGUAGUGCCAUUUCUUGCGAAUAGUAAGCCAUUGAAGGUUAUUCACAAGAUGGUUCGUAGUGUUAGCCCAGUUCUCUCAUCGUCCAAGGGAAAAGUUGAACAAAUGUUGAGCUCAAAUGAUCAAGAUGAUGCUCCAACGUUAGAAGAAAUUACAAUUCCUUCUGUUUCGAAACUUCUAAAGGUUGGCAUUCAUUUUUGUCCUAAAGAAGACAGUCUAAUAACUUGUGUAGAGUUUGAUAAGCAGAGCAGAAAAUUAUAUCUUCCUUCGAUCUCUAUCAAUGCUAAUACAGAGGUGAUCUUAAGGAACUUGGUGGCGUAUGAGGCUGAAGCGAUCUCAGGUCCUUCGAUCUUAGCUCGUUACACUGAGCUAAUGAACGGGAUCAUAGACACAAAAGAGGAUGUGAGAUUACUAAGGGAAAGAAAGAUAAUAAAAAGUUAUAUGAAAAGUGAUGAAGAUGUUGCUCAAUUUUGGAAUGGGAUGAAUCGGUCUACAAGGCUUACGCAUGUUCCUCCAAUGGAUAAGGUGAUCAAAGAAGUUAACGAGUUUUAUGACAAUAAGAGGAGGGUGAAGUUCUACAAGUUUACAAAAGAUUGUUUAUUUUACUGUUGGAAGAUUGUCAUGCUCUUGCUUGCGCUUGUGCUCAUGGUGCUCAUGUGUAUCCAAUCGUUUUGUGAUGUUUAUAGAUGUCCUCGAGUUCUUGGACCUGUUAAUGGUGCAAAGAGAUCAUGAACUAAAGAAUUUUCUAAUGAUUUUGGUUCAUAGUAAUAAGUUUAUUGCAGUCAUUGUGAUAGAAAGCCUAUAUCGUCAACCUCAAUGUGAUGAUGUAUACACUUAGAUCAGAUAACUUAUGAUACAUAUCUACUAUAUAUCUUUAGUGGUUUUUUUUGGGUCGCUAUAGGAUUUUACUUUACUUUUAAAAUGAAGGUUUUACAUGUAACAAAAAAUAAUGUAUUAAUUAUGAAAUUUUAGGGGCUAUUUAAGCUUCCAAUAUGUUAUUUCCAGUUUACAUAAGUAAUGAAGUUGGAUGUUAGGCAAAUGCCGAAAAGAA